GUAUUAGACUAUUAACAGGGCAUUAAACCAUUGGAUUAUGCUUGAAGUCAAAGCACCUUUGCAGGAACUGACAAUCAUAACAUAGGCCAUUCUUACAGAUGACACAGUUGACAAUAGGACUGCAUAAGCUUGAUAUUAUCUGGGAUUUUAUAUUGUCGCUCUUUGGUAGAGUAUCGGCUCAGAGCAGUUUGAAUAUAUAUAUGGACUAUUAUUGGACUAUUGGACUGGGCUCCAGGGACAUUAAUACCUAAUUGUGCGUUCAACAUUUAAAGUUAUAUGAAGUGGAAUAUACAAGCCAUGAUGGAUGCCCAGAGCGAGUGUGAGGUGAUCCCGCGUGAUUUCCUCUGCUGCAAACUCUGUGAGGAGGAGUAUAAGACUCCCAAGUAUCUCGUCUGCUUCCACUCCUUCUGUCAGACGUGUCUCCAAGGUUACCUCAACGAGCAUGGCAAUGGGGAUUCCUUCUGGUGUCCGAUAUGCGGAACAGAGACGAACAUCGAGGAGCUACGUGUGAAAAAUCUUCCAGACAAUAUUCUCGCUCAGCGACUUGGCAGUCCCAGCAUGAACUCUCAAGAAAAAGACAAGAUCUGCACCUUUUGCAAAAAUGGCGGGAAUUUCCUCGACGCAAAGAGUCACUGCAUUAACUGCGAGGAUUUUCUGUGCAGGGAGUGUACGGAUAUACACAUGACGCAGGCCGACACCACAGAACAUCAUCUUGAAACUAUGGAGGAAUACUCCAUGAGACUGGAAUACGAAGAGUCGGCUAAAUCAGGCCAUGUCGUGCCCCGUUGUUGCUCGAAUUACGAUCCCCUCGACAUAAGUGCUCUCUUUUGUGUGGACUGUGAUAUUGCCGUCUGCGGCGAUUGCCAUCUGGGUUACCACGAGGAUCAUCGCUGUGCAGAAAUGGUCGCUGUGGCAGCAAACUUUCAGACCAAAAUUAAACAACCGCUUGACGAAUUACAAAACGACGCAACACAACUUCAAGAGGCCAUGAUAGAGCUACAAAAGGCCGAAAUGAAAACUGUGGAACAGCAGAAAGACUUGCAUAAGAAAGUCAAGACUCGAUCCAAAUACCUGUAUGAUUUUAUCAGCCAGUAUGAAAGUGUUUUGCUGGAAGAGAUAGAUCGCAGACAUACCCAGAACCUGGAUGACAUUCACGAACGACGCAAGGAGCUUCAAAUGCAUCUCGCGGCGAUAGAUGGUAUCAGUGACUUCACGGAAAAGCUCAUGACCUAUGGGUCAUGCGAGGAGAAGGUGUUGAUGCGUAAAAAGGUUGGGAAGAGAGUCCGGGAGCUGUGUGAGGAACCGCUGCUUACUGACUCUAUGAAUCCUCCGAGUCUGAAUCUCACGGAACCAAACGUGGCCAUACAGGCUGUGUGUAACAUGUUUGGUGAACUUAAAGAUCCGGACCAACAGGUACAUGUUGUGACCGACCAAGUUAAUGUUGAUUCAGGACAUGAAAACAGUGAUACUGAAUCGAGUCGCAACUUGGAAAACAACUAUUUACAGAGAACUAACACAGUUGAAAGUGAUAUUUCAGAUGUCCUGGGAUCAACGCAAGAAAGCGACGCAAAGAUGUUAACGCUGAGCAACAACAGUGAUAACCUUAGAAACGUUACUUUUAACGAUGAGGUGGAAGAAACGGCCUAUGAGGCUCAAAAUGUCUUCAAUCUGGAGAAUCCAAUAAGGGAGAUAAUUCUUCCUCAAACAAUUCAGAAAGAGUGCAUAAAAGGAGUAGGGAUCAACAAAUAUGGUGAUAUUAUUGUCGGUGCUGCGGCUAGCAGCUAUCAAAUGGUGUACUUACUCGAAAAGCGCGGAAUAAUUCGUGGCCAGAUUCCAGUGCAGACCGGAUGGAAUAUCCACACUGUGGCGAGUGAUGGAAAAGUGGCAUUAAUUGUGGCAAGGGGGGAUAAUCGUUAUAAAGUUAAAGUCAUGAAAAAUGAUGGUUCUGGAAAAUUCCUGUGCAGUAUGCAGAUUGAAAAUCUAGGAAUCAAUUUCGUAACUGCUGACAACUUGGGUAAUCUUAUUGUGGCCUCAAAUCGAUACCCCCAUACCACGACCUCUGGAAAGAUGACAUCAAAGGCUGGGGGCAAUGUGAGCAUAUACGAUCAGCAAGGUCUUCUGAAACGCCGCAUUACAAACGAGGAUUACCAGGUCUUGGGGAUGUACGUGUUUGAAAAACCGCACUGCAUCGCUGUCGAUAAAGUCGGGAAUUUCUACAUCGCUGAUCCUGGAAAUCACAACGUUACAGGUUUCGACAAUACGGGAGAGCUGCUGUUCGAGUACGGAAACUCUGACCAUGAGGAUGAAAUAUAUGACGGUCCUGACCUCGUGUGCACUGACGGGAAAGGUCACGUGAUCGUUGCUGACAAGCGCAUGGGAAAGAUCGAUAUUCUCACAACAAAGGGAGAGCUGAGGAAGACCCUGGUAACGGAAGAUAUUAUUAAGUACAUUGCAGUGUCAACUGAUAAACAGCUCAUGUAUGCAACAGCUGAUGGGAGCAUCAAGUUUCAUGAAUAUUUGAACCUUUAGAGUAGUUUUUUUUCACUUAUACAAUCCAUGGUUUUUGUAGCCUUGUUAAGGUUACUUUUUGUCUUUAUUUUCCAAUAUAGUAACAUAGAACAUCAGUUUAUUUAUUAUUUUAUCUUUAAGUUAGUUAUUUUCUUAAACAGGCUUUAUUUUUAUUUUUUUUAUAGAGAUUUGUGUAUUGUAAUACAUUUUGAUUUGGUUUUCAUUAUACUAUAAAUUAUUUUUAGCGGUCUCUAUCAACAGUAUAAACACAUUUACAUUACAUAUAGGGCAAUUUCUAAAUUUUUGCUUUUGAGAAAUACAAACAGUGUUUGAAAAUAUUGACCAUGAACACAGUGUACCUUUCCUGUUGUAUGUGAUUUGCAAUCUGUGAAAUUUGCAAUCUGCACAGGCUAACCAGACAAAACAUUCUGCCUUAACUGGAUUUUUGCUACAAAGAUACUCCUUUUAAACAAAAAAAUAAUAUAAAAAUUGAAAGUGCCGUCCCUGACUGUGCCGACUGCACAGGCUAAUCAGAUGUCACUUUUCACACAUGCAUUAAGCCCUGUUUUCUCAGAGCAAGGCUCAUUUCAUUUAUGUGACUCUUUCAGUGCUGAAACCGACUUUUGAAGGCCUUUGCAAACAGUUUGGAUCCAGAUGAGACGCCACAGAACGUGGCAUCUCAUCAGGAUCCAAACUGUUUGCUACUCUGAUAGUAUUUAUUUUUUUAAUCGAAGAAAAUGCUAAUUUUAGAAAUUCAGCAGACGACAUUUUUGCAGACGACACAUUUCCCAGCAUGCAAAGGGUUAAUCGCUCAUUUUGUUUUUCAUAUCUGAUAGUAUUGCUAAGUUAGGCAAUAGUUAAUUGAAUGCGCUUUUUUAUUGCAACAGCUGUGAUACUGUAUUUGUGUUGUUUGACUUCAGUUGCUUUUUUAAUAUUUUCUAAAGAGAAUAUUUUUAGACAUAUACAAUAUUUAUCAUUUAAAAAAUAUAUUAGUAUCAUACCUUUGUUUGACUGUGUGCCUCAUUUAAAUUUUGCUUAAUUUAAAUGAAUAGUACUUAUUGAAGUAUAUUUAAAUAUCGAGCAUAUUUUUUUGCAUGCAAGACCGCUUCCGAAGCAGCCAGAAGCCAAUUUCAUGUUUGCUCAUAUAUGUGUUGAUAUCGUAGUCUGAAAUUCACAUGCAAUAUAUUUUGAAAAAAUAAUAAUAUAAACGAGCAUUUUGUAUACCGCUAAAUGUUUGUUACCAGACCACAUCUAGCAUUUAACUCUUUCAGUGCUGGAACCGAAUUUUGAAGGCCUUUGCAAACAGUUUGGAUCCAGAUGAGACGCCACAGAAUGUGGCGUCUCAUCAGGAUCCAAACUGUUUGCUAUUCUUAUAGCAGUCUUUGAAAAAAAUCGAAGAAAAUGCUAAUUUUAGAAAUUCAGCAGACAACAUUCUAGCAGACAACAAUUUUCCCAGCAUGCAAAGGGUUAAUUUUUGGCAAUCGCUAUUAGGAAGAUUGAUUUGUUAUGUCUUAACUUUAUUUUUCAAAAUAUUGCACAAAAUAUUUUUUUAUUUUGAGUGUUUAUCGGCAUUUAACAAUACCAGUUAGUGGAUCAAUUAUUGGAUCAAUUCUUACUUCAACAUAACCAAAAUCUUGUGUUUUUUUUAAAUAAAAAUCUGUGUUCUUUUGAAAGACAAAAUACCAGUAACAAUUCGCCAAGUUGUUUAUGUUUAUGUACUUAUAAUUUGAAAUGUUAAUUUUUAUUUUGUUGGAGUUCAUACUUUACCAGCAUGGCAUUUACAAAUGUAAAUUCAGCAAUUCUAACUUAUCUGAUGAUUUACUAUUUAAAUGUCUUUUAAGUACCUAACUAAAUUAUAAGCAUUUAGCACAUAAGGAUGAGUAAAAGACUUAUGAAAUUGCUGUAUUUGUGUUACAUAUUUUGUAUAUUACAUAUUUUUUGUUACAUAUAAAAGCUUUAGGCUUCUUACAAGUAAUACAAAUGAAAAAUCUUCCAGUUUUUCCCUACAAUACAUCGUAUUUUGUAUCUUGAUUACUAAAAACUAGGUUUGAUCAAUAAAAUUUGCAGAUUGUCAGCAAUUAGUACACUAUAGAUACAUACAAGUAUGAAGACCCUAUUUAAGUUUCCAUCCAUGCUCGCUUAAAACUUUACAAAGCUGGACCUGAAAUAUAUGUUUGGGACCCCAAAUGAUAAAAUACAAAUGAAGGUUUUCUUGAUAAAAUGUGAUGAUCAUGGUUGACAAUAUCUUUUUCUGUCAUACAAAUGUACUCACAUUUAUAUCCUGAGAUUUCCAUAUUUCUCAAUUGUUAGCAAGCCUGCAUAUAGAGCUAGACAUUUAAAAAAAAACAACGUAUUUUGUUACAUAUUUGUUCGAUGUACCGGUAGUUAACAGAACAUACUGUUACGUUAUAUUGUUUGAGAUAAUUCUGUCUAUUAAAAUAAACAUUUAAAAAG